UCCUGUCAGAAGCGAAGGCCGGAAGUGUCUUGGCGGGGCCUGCGUCGCGGCGGGGAGCGCUUUGCCGGUUGCCCUGCUGUCCGUCCGAGGCUCCUCGGGCGAGAUGGCUCCGGGCCCCUGGUCGAGGAGGAAGGGCUCCCUGGGGCUGGGCCCCGCUGCCGCCAGCCCUGCUCCGCGGCGGCCCCGCUGCCAUCCCGGGCAGGAGGCCCUCCGGCGCGCCUGGCAGGAGAAGGGCCUGGUGCUGCUGGAGCCCCGCUACACGCCGCUGGUGGCCGCCUGCCUCUGCCUGGCCGAAGUCGGCGUCUCCCACUGGGUCAUCCAGAGGGUCCCCUAUACAGAGAUUGACUGGAAAGCCUACAUGGACGAAGUGGAGGGUGUUGUCAAUGGGACCCUGGAUUAUAUGCAACUGAAGGGAGACACGGGGCCCCUUGUGUACCCUGCUGGCUUUGUUUACAUUUUCCUGGGCCUGUAUUACGUUACGGAUCGCGGCACCAACAUCCGCCUGGCCCAGUACCUCUUUGCUGCCCUUUACCUCACUACACUGUUGCUAGUCUUCCGCAUCUACAACCGAACCGAUAAGGUCCCUCCCUACGUUUUCUUUUUCAUGUGCUGCGCCUCCUACCGCAUCCACUCCAUCUUUGUCCUGCGCCUUUUCAACGACCCGGUUGCCAUGGCAAUCCUCUUUCUGGCGGUCAACCUCUUCCUGGAGGAGCAAUGGUCCUGGGGAUGCUUCUGCUUCAGCCUGGCUGUGUCUGUGAAAAUGAAUAUUCUGCUCUUUGCGCCAGGUCUCCUUUACCUCCUCCUGUGGCGCUUUGGCCUGCUUCGUGCCAUUCCCAAGCUUGCCAUCUGUGCAGUCUCGCAGGUGGUUCUGGGAUUGCCCUUCUUGGUGGCAAAUCCCAUCGGGUACCUGACCCGCUCCUUUGACCUGGGUCGCCAGUUUCUCUUCAAGUGGACGGUGAAUUGGAGAUUCUUGCCGGAAGAGGUUUUCCAGCACCGGGCCUUCCACCUGGCGCUGCUGGUUGCCCACUUGACCGCCCUAGGGCUCUUUGCACUCAACAGGUGGCACAGAUCGGAUGAAAGCAUCCUGUCGCUGCUGAAAGAUCCGGCAGAGAGGAAGACCCCUCCCCAGCCAACUCAGCCAAUCAUAUCCUUUCGUCAGAGAUGGGGGACAAACAUCUUGAAGCCUUCUCGGUUUUAG